GGUAGAGACAGAAGAGAAGAGAGAGGGAGGGAGAAGAACACUAAUGGCAGGGAGGCUGGUCGGGUCACAGAAAAGUAGACCCCGCCAUUAAUUCCUACAGCAGCUGAAGCUGAUGAUCUCUCUCUCUCUCUCUCUCUCUGCUCUGCCAUUCACCUCUUUCCUGUGCGUUUGUAUUGUUUAUAGAACCACAGAGAGAGACACACACAGACUGUCCACAGUGUGUCCUGAGAGACAGAGUAAGUGAGGAAGAAGAAGAGGGAGAGACAAUAACAAUUUUCUUUCCUGUCCUCCCCUCCUCUCCACUCUCUCUCCCCUGUUAUAAAUGCAGAUAAAGCUUCCAUUACUUACUUAUACAGAGAGAGAGAGAGAGAGAGAGAGAUCUAAAGGAUUUAUCUUUCUUGCUCCUGCUUGGUUGAGCUUGCUGCUGGGGAGCUCAGCUCCCAUUGCCCGUUAACUGCCAAGACAAUCAUCUCCAUCUUCCCUUUCUGUACCUGUAUCUCCACUUCUUGCAUGCUGAUCUUCUGACGGUCGUCGAGCUCCCUGGUCUCCGAGGCCGCCAUUGAAGCCUGCAAGCGUCUGAGUCUCAUCUGAAGGGAACACAACAAUGUGCAAAUCGGCUGCUUUCCAAGUGACAACAAAUAAUUGGUGCAUCAGUUGGACUAUGGAGAAUAUCUACUUGGGCAAGCGGAUAAAACUGUCAAUGAAUAAUUGGCAGCUGCCACUUGACGGUUAAAUGUUGGACUUGGAGUAUAAUGACAAAUGUACAUGAGGCAAUGAAUCUUAUACUCAGAUGCCGUUUGAUAUUUGCUGAUGUAACUAGUUAUGCAAACCACAAUUGUCAUAACUCGACAAGGCUCUAGUUCAGUGAGCCUUGCACCACUUGUCGAUUUGAAAAGAAAUAAAGAGGUUCCACUUUGAAGAGGAUCUGUUUUAUCAUUUUCCUUUCAGAAGAUUCGUUUACAUCCAAAUGGGGUUUGUCAUUCCAAGGCACUCUCUUCUGUUCAUAGUCUUCGUGUGCUUUCUCUCACGUCUCCCUCGGGCUCGAUCGGGCGAUGCAGAAGCACUGCUCUCUCUAAAAUCAGCUAUUGAUCCUUUAAAUAGACUGCAAUGGCAAGGAAAUGGAGUCUGCCAAUGGCAAGGGGUGAAAGAUUGCAUGAAUGGGCGGGUCACAAAGCUCGUACUUGAGUUUCUAAACUUGACUGGCACAUUAGAUGGGAAAAUCCUGAAUCAGUUGGAUCAACUUCGGGUAUUGAGCUUCAAAGGAAACUCCCUCUCAGGCCAAAUACCUGCCCUAUCAGGCCUUGUUAAUCUGAAAUCUCUGUAUCUGAACAGCAACAAUUUCUCUGGAAAUUUUCCAACUUCCAUCUCAGGGCUUCACCGGUUAAAGAUUGUGGUUUUAGCCGGAAACCAUAUAUCGGGCCCCAUCCCUGAGUCUUUAACUAACGUGGGAAGACUAUAUGUUCUCUACUUAGAAGACAACCGAUUCACGGGAACGAUCCCUCCUUUGAACCAAACUAGUCUUCAAUUUUUCAAUGUCUCAGGCAAUCAACUCUCUGGUGAGAUUCCAGCAACUCGUGCCUUGAUGAGGUUCAAUGGUUCAGCAUUCUCAGGUAAUAUCAAUCUCUGUGGGCCCCAAGUUAACAACCCAUGUAGAAAUACUGGAGCUGGUGGACCAGCCUUACCCCCCAUCUACCCUUCGACCCCGAAAGAAUCAUCUCCAAAACGGUCACGAUUAAUAAAAAUUAUUGCCGGGUCAGUUGGCGGGUUUGUGGGGUUGGUCAUGUUGCUGCUUUUGUGUAUACUCUGCAAGAAGAAAUUAUCUUCCACUGAAGACAGGAGUAAAGGAGGGGUCGGGAGGGUCGAAGUGGCUGAGGCAGGAGAGGCUUCAGGUGGUGGUGGGGGAGGCAAUAAUGGCCGAAAGGAAGGCGGCGGGUUUUCUUGGGAGGGUGAGGGUCUAGGGAGCCUGGUGUUUCUCGGAGCUGGAGAUCAGCAGAUGAAUUACAGCAUGGAGGAUCUGUUGAAGGCCUCCGCCGAGACCUUAGGUAGGGGCACAAUGGGGUCCACAUACAAGGCGGUCAUGGAGUCAGGCUACAUUGUGACGGUCAAGAGGUUGAAGGAUGCGAGGUACCCAAGGCUUGAUGAGUUCCGGAGGCAGAUGGACUUGGUUGGGAGGUUGAGGCACCCUAAUGUGGUCCCUCUCAGGGCGUACUUUCAGGCUAAAGAGGAACGGCUUCUCGUAUACGAUUACUUCCCCAACGGGAGCCUCUUCACUCUCAUUCACGGAUCGAGGACUUCUGGCAGUGGAAAGCCACUCCACUGGACAUCGUGCCUCAAGAUCGCCGAGGACUUAGCGACUGGGCUCCUCUACAUCCACCAGAACCACGGGCUCACCCACGGGAACUUAAAGUCCUCGAAUGUACUGCUGGGGUCUGACUUUGAGUCCUGCCUCACAGACUAUGGGCUCUCCUCAUUCCGAGACCCUGACUCUCUUGAGGAGCCGAGUGCAGCCUCGCUCUUCUACCGUGCCCCAGAGUGCCGAGACAUCAGGAGGCCCAUGACCCAGCAGAGUGAUGUGUAUAGCUUUGGGGUACUACUGCUGGAGCUCCUGACAGGCAAGACCCCAUUCCAGGACCUGGUCCAGAAACACGGCUCAGACAUUCCCAGCUGGGUUCGGUCAGUCCGGGAAGAGGAGACUGAGUCAGGUGAUGAUCCUGCCUCAGGGAACGAGGCCUCUGAAGAGAAGCUCCAGACACUCCUCAACAUUGCAAUGGCCUGUGUCUGCAUUGCCCCUGAGAACCGGCCCACAAUGAGGGAGGUCCUGAAGAUGAUACGGGACGCAAGAGCAGAGGCCCAGGUUUCCUCCAACAGUAGUGAUCAUUCACCUGGAAGGUGGUCCGAUACUGUUCAGAGCUUGCCCCGAGAAGAAUAUCUGAGCAUAUGAAGGGCUGGCUUCAUGAACUUCCUCAAGACCCAGAAUUGAUUUUUUUUUCCCCUUUCGCCAUAUUAGUUGGGACUCGAUUCUUCAGCAAAGGCAUCUGUAGAGUCUGUUUAGAUUUGAUUCUUCAAUUUUCUUGUUUCAGACACUUCUUGCUCUUCUCGACAGAACAGUGAUUUUUCUUAA